AUGGAUCAUGCGGUAUCUGAAUGGAACUCGGGACAUUGGUUUACUUUACAAUGGAAGAAAAGAAAUGAGUGCAUUGGUUAUUCAUCUGCCUACUGGGCCGGAGAUGUUGACAACCGGAUAUCGACAUCCGGGUAUGUCUUUCAGAUAAGCAACGCAGCCGUCAGUUGGAGAAGCAAAAAACAAUCGUGUGUCGCCCUCUCCACAGCAGAAGCUGAAUAUGUAGCACUGGCAGGUGCAACACAAGAAGCAGUUUGGAUCCGGCAACUUCUGACUGAUCUUAAGAGCAAACCAACUGACGCAAUAAUGAUACUAGAAGAUAAUCAAGCAACAAUCUGCCUGGCUAAGAAUGCACAGUUCCAUGGAAGAGCAAAGCACAUUGACAUUAAGUACCAUUUCAUUCGAGAACAGGUUGCUAAAGCUACUGUGAUACUGUCGCACUGA